AUGUCCGACGACGAUUUUGUCUUUUCCAUAAAUGAGGUCCGGCUGCCUUACACAAAUGGCGAUGAGCUUAUCAUCAAGCAACAUUUCGGUUGCCACCUUGUUCUACGCCCCAGUGGGUUGCACUCGAUUUUUUUCCACACUGCUCAUUAUCUCGCGGACGCCUUCGUCAUAUACAAUGCUCUCUAUCGUAUUUUUGACUUCAUUACUAACGACACUCAUCCGUCCCUUGACUCCCUUGAUUGGGGGCAAGAGUGGAGAAACCUUCCGGUCGGUCCUGUCACUGCCACUGGAGGGCCAAGGGAUGGUUGGGAGGCUGGAGUAGAGGCCUUACAUACUGCGGCACGUCAGGCGAUGGAACAUCAACAGCACUCGAAAGGUCUGAUACCACAACGAGAUCAAGCUCUUGUGCGAAGGGCACCUGCGCGCCUCCAUAGAAUAUUGGAUGCAAAAACGUUCAAGGAAAUUCUCGAUGCACUGGCGUUGACAGACUUCACUGUCACCCAGCUUUUUGAAGCAGCUCAGAUGCUUACUGUUCUGAGGGCCCAUCACUCGGAACCCCUUCGUGACGACAAGGCAAACGUUAUGCUGGACUUCACAGUUAUAGCGUACCAACGAUUUCUAGUUCCACCCCACGACGCACGUUCGCAUCAUGUCUCAUUCUUGUGCGCUUUCCCCAUGGUUGUCUAUGCGAGCGACGUGCCUUGGGAGGCAAGUCCAAAAGCACAAUUACUUGCGGUCAUGACGAAGAUCAGGGAACAAUACUCGAUCCGGCUGUCCAACAAGCAUCUUCCUCACAUCGGAUACGAUCAAUAUUUCCAAGACAAUCCAAAUGCACUCGCAAUCAACAACUUCAAAAGGGUCGAGGAUAGCCUCCCUCUCAAUUGGCCCAUAGGAGCUCAGAACCCAAUGGUGCAAAUUUCGGACAUGAGGAUCGGGGGCAGAUUGAUAGAUUUUUAUCGUCCAAUGACGCACAUAUGGACCUUGCGCUCUGAAUUGCACAUUCAUCUACAAUUCUCCGACGUGUACGAUAAAUCGUACAUGGAAGAAUUUUUGGAUAGCAUGACUGCCAUUGCCCUCUGGAUCAUUGACCGGGACACAUAG